AGCAGAUAUGUCGGGCGCGUAGGCGUAGCCAAGCCCGGCGGGAAUGCGUAUGGCGAGGGGCGCGGCCGCCAGGCUGCUCUCGUCGUCGGCCUCCGCGCCUCUCCUUUGGUCCAGGCGCUGGAGCGGCCAUCCUUUCCUCUUCCUCGCCUCCCGCUCCAGGACGACCUCCUUCUCGAGGAGGCCCUCUCGCCGCCCGCCGCCUCCCAAGGACGGCGGCGGGCGCCACGAGCCUGCCGGGGCCGGGCCCAGCCCGUCCCUCUUCCAAGAACUCUCCGGUCUCGUCGCCCCUGACGCCGCCGCCGCCAGCGAGGACCCGGCAUUUCAGCCUCGGCGAGAUGGGCAGGAGUGGCGGGGGCUCGGCUAUGAUCCUGUGCGGUGCACGGAAGGUGCUCGUCGAAUUGCCCCAGAGGGAGCGGCAGCUGCGGGUUCUGGUUCUGUCACUAGCAGCGUUCCAAGUAUGGACGCUCUUGGCUUCCUUGCUGAUGAUGGGAGCGGACCUAGUUGCAGUGUAACUGCUUCAGGCAGUGAAGUAUCAUUCCGGGAGGUUGGCAAUGGUAACGCUGGAGAUAUUGAGGAUAUCAGCGAGGUUGUACAUAUGGUAACCGAAGUUUUGCGGUCAGAGGUGCCUGGAUCACCCAUCGAGCAGAGGCUGGAGAACCUGGGAGUUACAUAUACACCGAGGAUUGUGAGUAUGGUGCUCAAUAGGUGUUUCAAGAAGAGGCAUUUGGGGUUCAAAUUCUUUGACUGGGUUAGGCAAGUUCCAGGAUUCCAGCACACCACAGAGACGUACAACACAAUGCUGUACAUUGCGGGUGAGGAAAGAAACUUUGAGGCCAUGGAGAGGCUGAUGGCAGAGAUGGAUAAGGAUAUGUGUUUGAAGGACAUCAAGUCUUGGACAAUCGUGAUGUCCAGUUAUGGGAAGGCCAGGCAGAUUAGCAAGAUGCUGUCUACCUUUCAGGCUAUGGGGAAAUCAAGGUAUGUGGCGGUAGACAGUAAAGUUUAUAGGACGAUUCUUCGUGCUUUGUGCAAUUCUGCAAAGUCCGAGCUUGCUCUUGAGUUCUACAAAGAUAUGCCAAGGAGCAUUGAGGUUGGAUCUGACGUUUUUCGACUUCUGUUGUGUUGUCUUGCAAGAUCAGAUAAUGCUGAAGCUGUUUUAUAUGUCAGAGAUGAUAUGAUUAAGAGCAUGAAGUAUCCGGAGGAGUAUUGUUAUUUGGAAGCUCUACGAAGCUUCUGUGUUUCAGGAAAAUUAGAAGAGGCUAAGAAAGUCUUUCAGCAGAUGAUGAACAAGUCAUUGGCUAACUCUUCUGCAUUUGAGAUACUAUUGAGGGGUCUUUGCAAAAACGGUAGGAUGGAUAAAGCUCUGCAAGUUAUGGAGUACAUGAAAAGCAAGUCAUGUGCAAGCAGUGCCACAUUUGGUUUUCUCAUUGAUGGCUACCUGAGGAAGAGAGAGCAUAUGAAGGCACUUGAGUUGCUUCAGGAAAUGAAGGAAUAUGGUUGUGUUCCACUGGCAUCAUCUUAUACUCAGCUCAUGCAACAUCUCUUUGCAUUUGAUCAACAUGAAGCAGCAUAUAGAUUGUAUGAGGAAAUGCAGGAAAAUGGUAUUGAAUCAGAUGUUGUGACAAUCACAGCACUGAUAGGUGGGCAUGUUCGUAACGGACAUAUUUCUGAAGCAUGGGAUGCAUUUAGGAAAAUCAAUGAGAACGGUCAGAGACCUACAUUGAAAGCUUAUACAGUGUUCAUCCAAGAGCUUUGUAAGGCCUCAAGGCCCCUUGAAGCACUAAAACUUCUGAAGGAUAUGCUCGAGUCAGAUUUCAAGCCUUCUGAGCAAAUUUUCGACCGGAUUAUUUUUUCUUUGCGUUACAAUCACUGUUUGGAAGAAGCCAUCAAUGUUGAGAGGAUGCGAGCAUCUUUUAAUUCUUGUAGCCCUAGAGAAGGGCUGCAAUGCAGAACAUUGGAUCAGGUUGACUACACUGAUAAGUUAAAAAAAUUAUCAGGAUCUGGUCCGGAUGGGAAGGAAAGGACACUGGAGUUCAAUGGUCAUCCUUUGUAUGAAGACAGUGAUAUCUCAGGGAUCUUGCCUUGUGAUGACACACAGCACUUAGAACAAGAAAAGGAUUACAACAAUGAAGACGUGGAACAAAUAUAUCAGAUUCUGUCUUCUUCUAACUGCUGGAGCUCGAUACAACAGGCUCUAGAGAUGUUAUCACUAUAUUUUACUCCAAAUCUUGUUGAUGCCAUUAUGAAGCGCUGUAAGGCGAACAGUCAUGCUGCAUUACAAUUUUUUUCUUGGGUGGGCAAACGAUCUUACUACAUGCAGACAACAAAGACUUAUAACACAGCCAUAAAACUUGCUGGCUCUGCAAAAGAUUUUAAGCACAUGAGGCUCCUUUACAGACAGAUGGUAUUGUCAGAAUGUUGCCCAACAGUGGAUACAUGGAAUGUCAUGAUUUGUCAGUAUGGAAAUGCCGGUCUGACUGAAAUGGCUCUUGAAACAUUCUACCAUAUGAAGCAGGGUGGCUUUCAGCCUCACAAAGCUACUUACUGUCACCUAAUAAUGUAUCUCAGCCGUAGAAAAGGGAGGAAAGUAGAUGCUGCAAUCAAGAUUUUCCAUGAAAUGUGCCAUGCAGGCUAUAUGCCUGACAAUGGAAUGGUUUGCACAUAUCUUUCUGCAUUAUGUGAGUGUGGGAUGAUAGAUCGUGCUAAAAGCUCAGUAGUAUUACUAUGUAAACAUGGAUUUUCUGUUCAGGCUGGCUACUCCAUACUAAUUAGAUCAUUGUGCAGGUCUGAUAGAAUGGCUGAAGCUCUCAGUUUGUUCAAUAAUAUUGAGAAAUAUGGUUGCUCAAGGAGUACAUACAUGUAUGGGAGUCUAAUUCACGCAUUGUUAAGGAGGGAUCGCUUUGAUGAUGCUGCAGCUAUGCUUGCAGAAAUGAAGAAUUUAGGUAUACCUCAAAGCACACAUAUGUAUACCUCAUUUAUGAUCUAUUAUUUGGGGAAAAGAGAUGUUUCCAAAGCGAUGGAUGUGCUCAAGGAGAUGACAGAUAAUGGGUGUGAGCCUACUGUUGUCACUUACUCUGCAUUGAUUCGUGGUCAUAUGGCAAUGGGUAUGGUUUCGGAGGCUUGGAAUGUCUUCCAACACAUGAAACUAAAGGGACCGGUGCCAGACUUUGAGACGUACUCAAUGUUCAUGUCAUGCCUUUGUAAGGCAGGUCGAUCAGAGGAUGCGUUGCAGCUUAUUCAUGACAUGCUUAAUGGUGGUAUCAUCCCCAGCGCGGUAAACUUCAGAACUGUUGUCCAUGGUCUGAAUAUGGAGGGAAAGUACAAGCUAGCUGAUUCUGUUCUCCAGUCAAAAUGGCACUUAAGGAGUCAAAGGACCUUCUCAGGUUCACUUGUUGCCAAUUCAUGUGUUUAAUUCACAUGCUUUGUUGAAAAGU